GUAUCAAUACCCAUUUCUAUUCGAUGGAGCCGCGGCGUCGGCGUGUACAUGGACAUGGACAUGAACAGCCAUUGUGAAUACACGUGCACCCACAUACACCACCAUCCAUAGACAGCAUCCAUUGUCAAUACACGUGCACAUACACCACCACCAUUCACAGACAGCACCCAUCUUCUGUCAAUGCAUGCACAUACACCACCACCAUUCACAGACAGCACCCAUCUGUCAAUGCAUUCACAUACACCACCACCAUUCACAGACAGCACCCGUCUGUCAAUACAUGCACAUACACAACCAUUCACAGACAGCAUCCAUCUGUCAAUGCACGCACAUACACAACCAUUCACAGACAGCACCCAUCUGUCAAUACAUUCACAUACACAACCAUUCACAGACAGCACUCAUCUGUCAAUGCACGCACAUACACAACCAUUCACAGACAGCACUCAUCUGUCAAUGCAUGCACAUACACAACCAUUCACACACAGCACCCAUCUGUCAAUGCAUGCACAUCCACAACCAUUCACACACAGCACCCAUCUGUCAAUGCACGCACAUCCAAGGACACAUGCUUUUCAAAUCGUUCAUCAUCGUCGUCCGCAGAUACAUACUGCCCGGAUCCGCCAUGCCAGAGCCAUGCUAGAGAGAGUGGGUAUCGAAUGAAAGUGCCGAGCUCUAACGCUCCGUAUACGUAUGCGACGCAAAAAAACAAAUCAAAGCAUAUGCACCGCUAAAUCCCAAUUUUGUUCUUCCAUCCCAAG